GAUGAAUCCAGAGCUGAUAAGGUCACUGGUUUUCCUUUCACUCUUGUUGGUGUGGUGAUGAAGGGAACCACCAUGCCAAUCACAGAAAACUGACGCCCACCAGGAGCUCUGCAGACGGCUGCUCUGUGUGUAUGCAGCAAGUGUACAUGGUGGCAUGUGGCUGGGAUUAGGAAAUUUCACUGUGGAUUAAAAUCUUUCCAACGUCUCCAUGGCCACUUGCUGAAAGAAAGGAGUCUGAAGUUCCAGCGGAGAUCCAGUGAGCAGUCAGGGCCCAUGGUCCCAAAAAGCAGGUAUGUCCAAACUUUAUUUCUACAGAACUGUCAGAGGAGGAGAUAUUUAUUCAUUUAUGCAUGAAUAUCUUACGUGCUUUGAAUUUGUUGUUUGGUGCUGAAAUGUUUUUACAGCUGAGAUGCAAUUAACCUUUGUAACGGUGCACAUGAGUCUAGGAUCAGUCAUGUACAGUUUUGCAUUUCUUGCCUUACAGGGUAGUUUCUUCAGCAGGCUUCGUAUCCUAAUAAACUGUUUUGUUUGGUCCUCUAACUUUGUAAAAGAAUCCAAUAAGAACACUUCUUUAAAUCUCUGUAAAGGCUAAACACAACCCCCAAAGAUUUCUCUUGCAUUAUUCAUUUAUUUAUCAAAAAAUAAUUUGCUGUACAACAUGGAUAAAGAGGAAAAUUACCAAGUUAAUAUGAAUGAUUGCACCUCUGUGACAGUAGACAGUUUAAAGAAACCUUUUGACAAGAUAUAAAAUACAUUGUCAGUUGUAUUAAUACAUAUUUUGGAUCAUUUUUGCCCCAAAAGAAAGUUUUUUAAGUCUCACAGCAGCAGACAAAGGUUUCUUGAAUCCUGAAUCUAAUCAGCCGCUGUUAUGUAAGAACUCAAAGUGGACCACGUGGGCCUCACUGAACUGUAGCUACUAACAGCACAAAACGUAAAUUAACUUUCACUCAAAUAGACAGAUAUUAUUAGUGUCAGUACAGGAUCUACUCUUCUCAGCUACAGGUUUGUUCACAUUACUUUUUUAUUUUUAAUGCAUUGGGAAAACUUAAUGUCCAUAAUCGUCUGACAGUUCUUUAAUUUUCUAUAACGGCUGAUAUUGAAGUCAGACAGUCUCCAGACUAAGUUUGUCUGACAUAAAAUAAGAGUGUCAGAAAAAAAUGUAGAGCUGCAGGAUGCACAACCUUUUCUUGAAAUUUACAUAAUCCAUUUAUUCAAAGUGCACGACAUGGAACCAAAAACCAAAAUCUUGGUGACGACUAGAAAGAAUAUAUUCAAAUUGCUUCUUGUAAAAAGCUUAGCUGCAAAGUAUCAUAUUUGUUCUGUUGUUUUGCAUCUAUCCCCUGACCAUGGAUGCAUUUUUAGGGUGUAGAAAUUCAAUGAAUUUGUCCUAAAAGAUCUGACCACAUGGUGUAAAUUGUGCCCAAGCUUUUGGACUUUUUAUCUUGAUUUUCCUCUCUAAAACAAAGUCUAAAGUAAUGAAAAAUUAUCAAGUGUAUUUUAGCUGGACAGAGCUUGUAUAAGUUUAAUGUUCAAUUAUAACAAUGACAGUAUUUUAGAUGUGUUGCCUAUCGUGAUUUAAGUAUUUAAAAGUCUGAAUGUGUCACAAAGAAAAGUUCUUAAACAGAAGGGCGCUGUAGUUUUUAGCUAAAGUUGUUGGGGGGCUUCUUCAUCUGGCCUUUCAAGUAUUUACAGCAGCAGGUGUACGUGAGACAAACAAUGGUGAAGGAAUGUGUCACCCAGUGCACAGUGCAGCUAAUUGAAGAGUUUUUAAUAGUUUGUGGACGACAAAAGGGCUCCGCCGCACAGCGGGGUGAGAUACAUUAAGGCUUUUAGUAAACAGACAAUGCUGGUCUAUUCGUAAACGUCUUGGCAUUUCUGAAGAGUGUCACAGUCUUACUCUUGAAAUGAACAAGAAAACAGGCUUAAACUAUGAAUUAAAUGCUCAGAAAUGAACCUUUUUUUUCCCAGAAGCUUCCUAAGCUCGUUACAAGUUACACAAUAUUAGCGAGAUAAUUUGCUAAGCAACCGACACAAAACCUUCUAAGGGGCAGGAAGUCAUUUCUGCUACUACAAAUGUCUUAUUUUGUGUAAAUAUCACAAUGUUUAAAGAAAAAUAACAGUAAUUGAAUCUUUUCACUCGUGUUGUGGACCAGAUUACAUGGUGUGUCUCUGGACAGUCUGAUAUAGUGGCAAAAAAGUUCACAAAAGUUAACCCGGACCAGUGAGAUAGGCAUGUUCAGGCUUUUCCUGAAAUCAAAAUGAAGCUGUAAUGUAUACUGGACUGAGGAAACCAUGUUUUUAUAUUUACAUUGUUGUUUUAAGGAGUUAAACCAGAGUACCUCCAUCAGUGAGCCUGUAGUCUGUUCAGUCUUCUCAGUGAAUUUAUGAAAACAAUUUGGCAUGAUAUUAUAAAUGUUACACUAUGAUAGGAUACAAUUUGAUACUGCACAUUAUGAUAUGCCAUAAUAGGAUACAGCGUGUUAAAGUACAAUAUGAUAUGAUACGAUUUGAUACGAUUGGGUUUAAGAAGAUGCAAAAUGAUUUGUUAUGAUAUUCUAUAAUACAAUUUAAUACAAUAUAAUACAAUUUUAUACAACACAAUACAGUUCUUUAAGAUAUUGUACAAUAUUGAGCAAUUUGCUACCACAUGAUGGUAAAUGGUGGGAUAUGGUAUGGUGUACUAUAUGAGAUCAUGUGAUACAGCAUGAGAUGAUUGGAUAUGUUCCAAUACAAAUAGAUACAAUGAGAACAGAUUUGAUAGUGCAUGAUUCUAUAUAAUUUGAUAUGAUCCAAUGUAGCAGUAUAAGAUAUGGAAAAAUACACGAUUUUGUGGUACUGUGUGACAGGAUAUAAUAUGGUAUUCUUAAGUGCUCUCUGCUUUGGAACAAUAUGAUACGAUAUGACACGACAAAACGCAGUAUGAUAUGGUAUGAUGUGAAACAGUAAGAUAUGGUAAGAUAUGAAAUGAUACAAUAGCCUAUGUACAAUACUGUAAGACACGGUAUGGUAUCAUAUGGUACAAUAUUAUGAUAUGAUAUGAUAUGAUAUGAUAUUGUUAGGAGAAUUUCCUUUAGCCAAUUCCAUCAGCCUUUAGAGUGGUGGAGCCAUGCAACUCAAAUACCAUGGAUGCGUUGGUGUUAGAUUGCUGGAGCCGGGGGCCUCCGGCGACCAUCCUCAACCAAAAAACCUUGUACACAUUUUUGACAUCACUCAGGUCCCCAAAAUAUGUUCUGCCAUGGUAUUUCUCUCUAUGGACUCUCCAUAUGUUCACCUAAGGCUCCUUAAAAUAUGUUGUCCUUUGUUCUUACUGUACAUAGACUUUUCUUAGGGUCGACUGAACACCAGCAGAAUGUUUGGAAAUGUGGACAGCUAUAUAUACUUGAACGGUCUCAGACCAAUCUUUGUUACACUUGUGGCAUUUAACUCAGAUCUGCAAUCAGUAAAGUUUGUCAAACUGACCAUUUGUGUGGACUUUCCAUUCUUCCAAGUGUGAACCUGGGCUAGGCAUCCUUACAGAUAUGAUAUGAUAUGAUAUACCAUGGUUCAACACAGUCAAAUACAGAGUGGUAUAAAUCUUUAGAAUACAGGACAGUGCAAUUCAGUGUGAGACGAUAUACAAAAGUACAUCAGGAUAUAACACAGUAUGCUCUGGUCCUCUCUAGUAGGACUUUGAUACAAUCCUGUCUAAUCCAGAACUAUAUGAAAAGUACAAUAGGUGCUGUUGAACCUUUAACCUUAAGUCAAUGUACUGGUAAACUGUCUUGACUUCUGGCUCAUAAAUAAUACUGUACAAACCUUGUGUGUCUUUUCUUAAGCUCCAGGAUGUUCCAGCUGCUCCAGGGUCACAUCCAGCCAGCAGGACUCCGAAGCCGCAAAAACCGCCUGGUCACCAAAGACGGGCGCUGCAACAUCGAGUUUGGCAGCACUGAAUACAGCAACCACUACGCGUACCUGGUCGACUUCUGGACCACCUUUGUGGAGAUACGCUGGCGUUUCGUUCUCCUCCUGUUUGUAACUGCAUUCACUGGCAGCUGGUUUAUUUUCAGUCUGUUGUGGUACUGGAUCGCAAAAAACAACGGGGAUCUAACGGGACAGAAUCACACUGACGGACAUGUAAAGUGCAUAGAAAAUGUUCACGGCCUAACAACAGCAUUCCUCUACUCUUUGGAGACUCAGACAACCAUUGGGUACGGUGGCAGGGCACUGACGGGACACUGUGCUGGCACUGUGGCUCUGAUAAUGAUCCAGUCUAUAAUUGGCGUCUUUAUCAACUGCUUCAUGUGUGGUGUCAUACUAGCCAAAAUCUCCUUACCCAAAAGAAGGGGGAAGACGGUAACUUUCAGCGACACAGCUGUCAUCUGCCUCAAAAAAGGAAGUCUGUGUCUCCUUAUAAGAGUCGCCAACCUCCGAAAAACAUUAUUAAUAGGCAGCCAGAUCUACGGGAAGCUGCUCAGGACUACAACAUCUCCAGAUGGAGAGACCAAUAUCCUAGAUCAGGUGGACAUUGACUUCAUGGUGGAUGCUGGCAAGGAUAACCUGUUUUUUGUCUGCCCUUUGACUCUUUACCACGUGAUAAACAGAUCGAGUCCUUUCUACGGGCUCUCGGCUGACUCUCUACCCCUGCAAGACUUUGAGUUGGUGGUCUUUCUUGACGGGAUGGCUGAGUCCACCAGCUCUGCAUGCCAAGUUAGAACCUCUUACAUCCCACAGGAGAUACAGUGGGGGUACAGUUUCCUGCCAAUCAUUUCCCGAACCAACACGGGAAAGUACCGUGUGGAUUUUUCAAACUUUUCAAAAAGUAUUCAAGUCACUACCCCGCACUGUGUCCAGUGCUUUGAAUCAGACAUUGACCAGAAAAACCACAACAGCCAUACUGGAGAAAAUCAUAAUAACCAGGAGAAGCGGGGGGUCGAUAACCUGGGGUUCCAAGUGAUCGAUAUGCAUGACUCUGUGGACAUCACCAAAAUGUGAACGAUUAUGAAAGACUGAGAAAAGUAAUAACAGUGGGUGUGAGAAAUAAAGGCAAGGUUCCCAACCCAGUGUCUACAAGAGCCAUUAUUCACAAUCUGCUGUCCCAACAUAGAUGUUACCUUGACGGUGGUUUAAAGGUGACUGAAACACUCUUGCUGCACGGUUCUGAAUUAGCAAGGAGAAGCGUUGGAUGACAAGUUUGAUUUGGUCCUAGAUCUGUGGUUAUGUUUUGGCACCAAAACCACUUAGAUUUAGGAGUUAGAUUUUUACAGGAAGUAUUUAACCUCUAAAGUCACAGUUCACUUGUUUGAGAUCAACAAACACAAAAAUGAAUGAUUUGAUUAAUAGAAGGAGUGGAAAGUGUAUCGUAGUGUCAUAUGAGUUCCACAACGAUGGCUCAGGCUGAGGUCACAAGGCAAAUGCAUUUAUAACAUGUGCUCAAGAAACACAUGAAAUGGGCUUUAAAGGGAUAUUCUGGCGU